AUGGUGCCAUCCUAUCUGUGGAGGUCAAACGCGGUGUUGAGCAGAGGCAGGCCGACGUCCUUGAGAGAUGUAUGGAGAAACAAUAUAUGGGUGGCGAUCAGUGCCGUGUGGGAUUUAGACGCUAUGAGGAUGGUGCUUGCUGUGACGGAUGUGAGGAGGGUCAUGUAUGCCGUUGACUACCCGUUUGGCAGCAAUGCUGAGGGCAAGGCCUUUAUGGAAGAGCUGCGCAAGAGCAAACUGGUGAGCGAGAAGGAAUUCAAGGGCAUUGCGAAUGGAAAUGCCAAGGCGUUUUUGCGCUUGAAGUGA